CUCUCGUCCGCUACACAAGGCCAAGGAUAGGUCGCGCACAUCCACUCUCUUCAUAUGACCAUCGUGGUGCAUGGAGCUCCGUGAUUGGUCCUGUCUGUCUCUAACCCGUGUUCACAUUUCCCAGAUUCGGCUGCUUUCGUCCAGCGGUGCACUUCUCUUGAGCUCGUUCUCUUAUCUCUCUCUCUCUCCAUCAUCACCUGCCGGCCCCCUUCAUCCUCGUCCCUCAGGUAGGAGACCGAGUAUAAGCUCCCCUCCUUUUUCGCAAUCUUGCCCGGCGUCCCUCCUCACUCCGAUUUCCCCUUCUAUCCGACGGAGGAAUUCUUUCUUUUUCAGGCUGUAUCAAUAUUGGGCUAUGUACCCGUGACGUACUUUCAUUCCUUGUGGCGGGCCCUUUAUCCCUUUCAACCUAUCUCUGUGACAUCUCUUGCUCCAAGUUCACGUUGGUGAGAAGAAGAGGGAAAAGGAAAAAGUAUCACCAUUCUUAUCUGUGUCCGUCAUUCCUUGACCUUGGCUCAAAAUUUGCGAGGCUGCUGGAACAAGUUUCGCCAAUCAAAACCCCUUGGACAAC